GGACACCAGGGCUUGCUGCCUCCAGGUGGAGGGGCCAUGACAUUCCAUGAAACUCGGUGUCACCAAGGACCAUCACUGAGGGCGGAGGCACCCCCGCGUCUGUGUUUCAUGUCAGACAUCAAACUCCUGGAAAACGACAGCUCGAAGACCUAAUCCUGCGUGUGACAGGGGCUCUGAUGGCCGCCCACCCCGCUCCCAGGUCUCCACUUCCGCUCCCCCUCCUCCCCUCGGAGAGCCCAGGGCUGAAUCCCUGCACCCAACCCCUUCCCCCUGGGCUUCCCUACUGCUUAUGGCUCCCCGCAAGCCCUGAGCCCCCAGGGGGGCCUUGAUAACAGGGCUCAGGGCCGCCCGUCUGAGCUGCUCCCCUGGAAGGUGGGAUGGCAGCCCUCAGCUCCUCCUGGGUGAACCCAAGGCCAGCGACCUAUUCACGCCCCAGGUGACCCUAACAGCGCCAGCUCUAGCAGGCACGUCUCACAAGGAAGGCUGCUUCUGUUUUAGAAAAAACAAAGUGCGUGAAAGAAUUCUACAUGGGAGAAGACACCCAGGGGACUACACUUUGAUCAUAAGUAGAAGUGACCGUGGCUCCCAGGUGGCUCACAUGGGGGUUGGCAUGAGCUAGUUGUUGAUGUAAAUGUGACCUGGUGGGAAGGUUCCAGAAGGGGCAGUGAAGUGAGGUGGGGCAGGAAUGAGGAGAUGACACCACAGAAAUUCAAAAACCCCGAGCAGUGGCUCCGCAGCUGUGCGUCUCAGACUCCCAGGGUCCCGCACACUCGGGUAGUUCCCCUCCCCACCGGCUCAAAGUCCGGGACAGGCGGGGUGGUUGGGGGGAGGCCGCUGCGGGGAGGGGCACGCCAGGGUCUGCGGGGCACAUAAGAUUUCCCUUUGGGAAUAAAAGUCACGGUUGGAAGUUUGAGGAACAGAGGGAGGUGAGCUUCAUGCUCCUGGGUGCUCCAUGGACGGGCGUCCUGUUAAGCCAGGGCCUGGGCUGGGUGAGCCUGAGGCAGAGAGGCACUGAAGGCAGGAUUUACUAGAGUCAGGAAGGUCCUUCCGCCCCCUCCUCCAUGCGUCUGGCCUGCCAUCCUUCUGACCUAGAGAGACACAGAGAAGGAGAGACAGAGAGAGAGAGAAACAGAGAUGGAGAGACAGAGAGAGACAGACAGAGAGACAGAGAUGGAGAGACAGAGAGAGACAGACAGAGAGACAGAGAUGGAGAGACAGAGAGAGACAGACAGAGAGACAGAGAUGGAGAGACAGAAAGAGACAGACAGACAGAGAUGGAGAGACAGAGACAGGCAGAAAGAGAUAGACAGAGGCAGACAGAGAGACAGAGAGGGAGAGACAGAGACAGACAGAGAGACAGAGACGGAGAGACAGAGAAAGAUGGAGAUAGAGGCAGACAGAGAGACAGAUGGAGAGACAGAGACAGAGAGACAGAGAUGGAGAGACAGAGACAGACAGAUGGAGAGACAGAGGCAGACAGAGAUGGAAAGACAGAGACAGAGAGACAGAGAUGGAGAGACAGAGAGACAGAGACACAUGACGUCAGUGGUCUGGAUCUGUGCCUGUGGUUUGAUCCUGGGCUCCAGGUGCCCAUCGAGGACUGAGCUGUGAGGGAGAUGGGGGUCGGGGCUGAGCUAGCUGGGAGGGGCAGGACACACUGGGGUGGGAGGUGGCCGGUGGAUCCCCACAUCUGUGAGCUGUUCCAUUUUCUGUCACAGAGAAGGGCAAAAACGAUCUCACUCUCAUGGCUCUGACUUUGCCACGACUGACACGGAAAAUCACAAGGGAGGCAGCCUCCCUGUGGCAGAGGCCCGAGGUGCACAAACUCCAGCUGUGGGUGAAUGGACCCCUGGCCCUGUCCACAUCUGCUGCUCUGGGCCAACGGCCUUUUCCACCAGAAGGGACGGGGUCUUGCUCCAAGGAUGGCCCUCCCGGUGCAGUCCCCAGUCCACUGGGCCAGAGGCCAAUGGGCGGUGCUGGUUAAAGACGGCUGGUCCAGGGCCUGGCCUCGGUCAGAACAUCCAGGUAGGAAGGGAAUCUGCAGACCGAGGAAGACCCUACUCUCUCUACCCAGGUGCGCAGGGCUCACAGGGCAGGUGGGGACCCUCCAGAAGCUCCCACUGAGGUCUCAGGAAGAGCCACAGCCUCCUCCCACCCCAGAUGGCAUGAAACUGGCACCCGGUCUUGGUGCCCCCUGCCUUGUCUCCAGUCACCCCUUCUGUCUGCCCCCCGAACACACAGCCCUGCACACAUAUACACUUGCACACUCACACCCCUGCACUCACACUCCUGACUUCACACUUGCACACACAUCUGCACUCACACCUGCACACACCCCUGUACACACACACCCCUGCACUCACACACUUGCACAUACAUCUGCACUCACACCCCUGACCUCACAUUUGCACACACACCUGCACACACACGUGCACACUCACACACUUGCACAUGCACACCCCUGCAUUCACAUCCCUGCACUCACACAUGCUUGCACACACACCCUACACUCACACACACCUGCAUACACACACCCCCUGCACUCAUACACUUGCAUACACACCUCUGCACUCACACACACCCCUGCACUCACACACACACCCCUGCACUCACACACACCCCUGCACUCACACACACACCCCUGCACUCACACACACACCCCUGCACUCACACACACCCCUGCACUCACACACACCCCUGCACUCACACACAUCUGCACACACACCCCUGCACUCACACUUGCACAUACCCCUGCACGCACAUACACUUGCACACUCACACGUACCUGCACUCAUCCCUGCACACAGAUCUCAGGCCAGCACCCAGACAUCAGGGAGGUUGGGAAGUAGAGGAAGGUGCCCAGAGGCAGAAAUCACAGACCCAGGGCAGCAGCUGGGCCCUGGAAGGUCCACAGGGAGCGCUAGGACCCCCUAAGGCCCAACGAAACAGGCAGACUUGAGGUUGAGUGUGGCUGCUGUUGAGUGACAUCCUGCACCCAGAAGGAGGAAGAGGGAUGGAGGCCAGAAGCUGUCGCACUGCGCUGAGCCCCGCCCAGCCGUGGCCGCUUCUGGAACCUGCAUGCGGAGCUGAGCCAGUGCAGGGUGGGGCCUCCCCAGGGCCCCAGGGGGUGUAGGCAGGAUGCAGGAUGCUGUAUCGGUCCCCGGCCCCUUGACUCAAGCAUGGCCAGCUCAGCGCUGGAGAGUGUGUGGGAGCUCAGACUGAGUCAGUCAUGGGCGGCAGCUGCUGUGUCUUCCAGGACAUAGGGGAUGGGCCCGAGGUCUC